CCCCAGAAUUAUCUUGACUGUCUACUUAAAUCUCAGAUGCAUUUUUAAAGUCCCGCCCCCUCUCCAUCUCACAAACUCCUUCCCCUUCUCCCUCCCCACCUUCCUCCCUCUGACCUCAAAUCCAACCAGAAGCAUUUCUCCACUCUGCAGAGAAUUUCUCAGGCUCCCGUAGAGACCUGAAAUGCCAAGAAGUCAGUAAAUCACUUGGGCGGCAGAACUGGAGAGGAGAAAAUUGGAGAAUAAGCAGAAAACCCACAAUCCUUAGAGUAAUAAGAAGCAAACACUUCUAAAGGUUUCACUGCGCAAACCAUGCAGGAUGAUUUACUGAUGGACAAAAGCAAAACCCAACCCCAGUCUCAGCGGCAGCAGCAGCAGCAGCAGCCGCAGCAGCAGCAGCAACAGCUCCAGCCCGAGCCCGGCGCAGCUGAAGCCCCGUCCACGCCCCUCUCCUCAGAGACCCCCAAGCCCGAAGACAGUAGCGCAGUGCCGGCCCUCAGCCCCGCCUCGGCUCCGCCAGCCCCCAACGGCCCCGACAAGAUGCAGAUGGAGUCGCCGCUCCUGCCGGGCUUGAGUUUCCAUCAGCCCCCUCAGCAGCCGCCGCCGCCGCCGCAGGAGCCCGCGGCGCCCGGAGCGUCGCUGUCGCCGUCCUUCGGCAGCACCUGGUCCACGGGCACUACAAACGCGGUGGAGGACAGCUUCUUCCAGGGAAUCACCCCAGUCAACGGGACCAUGCUCUUCCAAAACUUCCCGCACCACGUCAACCCUGUCUUCGGAGGCACCUUCUCGCCGCAGAUCGGCCUGGCGCAGACCCAGCACCAUCAGCAGCCUCCGCCGCCCGCGCCGCAGCCGCCGCAGCCCGCACAGCCCCCGCAGGCACAGCCCUCGCAGCAACGCCGCUCGCCCGCCAGCCCCAGCCAGGCGCCCUAUGCGCAGAGGAGCGCCGCUGCCUACGGCCACCAGCCCAUCAUGACCAGCAAGCCGUCCUCAUCCUCGGCCGUCGCGGCUGCUGCGGCCGCGGCCGCUGCCUCUUCGGCCUCGUCCAGCUGGAACACGCACCAGAGCGUGAACGCCGCCUGGAGUGCUCCGUCCAACCCGUGGGGUGGCCUGCAGGCGGGCCGAGACCCUCGCCGCGCGGUCGGCGUGGGCGUGGGUGUAGGUGUGGGGGUACCCUCCCCGCUUAACCCCAUCUCGCCGCUCAAGAAGCCCUUCUCCAGCAAUGUGAUCGCUCCACCCAAGUUCCCUCGUGCAGCCCCGCUCACCUCCAAGUCCUGGAUGGAGGAUAACGCUUUCCGGACCGAUAAUGGUAACAAUCUGUUGCCUUUUCAGGACCGGAGUAGGCCCUAUGACACUUUUAACUUGCACUCCUUGGAGAACUCCUUAAUGGAUAUGAUAAGGACUGACCAUGAGCCUCUGAAAGGUAAACACUACCCUCCCAGUGGCCCACCAAUGAGUUUCGCUGAUAUAAUGUGGAGGAAUCAUUUUGCAGGACGCAUGGGAAUAAAUUUCCACCAUCCAGGAACAGAUAACAUUAUGGCACUUAACACCAGGAGCUAUGGGCGGAGACGAGGUCGGUCUUCUCUCUUUCCCUUUGAAGACGCCUUCUUGGAUGACAGCCAUGGUGAUCAGGCCUUAUCAUCUGGCUUAAGUUCUCCUACUCGAUGUCAAAAUGGGGAACGAGUGGAACGCUACUCUAGAAAGGUGUUUGUUGGAGGCCUUCCUCCUGACAUCGAUGAAGAUGAGAUCACUGCCAGCUUUCGCAGGUUUGGACCCCUUGUGGUGGACUGGCCCCAUAAAGCCGAGAGCAAGUCCUACUUCCCUCCUAAAGGCUAUGCUUUCCUGCUGUUCCAGGAGGAGAGCUCAGUGCAAGCUCUGAUAGAUGCCUGCCUAGAAGAGGAUGGGAAACUGUACCUGUGUGUGUCCAGCCCGACCAUCAAGGAUAAACCGGUGCAAAUCCGACCAUGGAACCUAAGUGACAGUGACUUUGUAAUGGAUGGCUCUCAGCCUUUGGACCCCAGAAAAACUAUCUUUGUUGGGGGAGUUCCACGACCCCUUCGAGCUGUUGAACUGGCAAUGAUAAUGGACCGUUUGUACGGUGGUGUUUGCUAUGCUGGCAUUGACACAGACCCAGAGCUGAAGUACCCGAAAGGUGCUGGGCGUGUUGCGUUCUCCAAUCAGCAGAGCUACAUUGCAGCCAUCAGUGCUCGCUUUGUGCAGCUUCAACACAACGACAUUGACAAACGGGUGGAAGUGAAGCCUUACGUGCUGGAUGAUCAGAUGUGUGACGAGUGUCAGGGCACACGCUGCGGUGGGAAGUUUGCCCCAUUCUUCUGUGCCAACGUCACCUGUCUGCAGUACUACUGUGAAUACUGCUGGGCCAGCAUCCACUCCCGAGCCGGCCGUGAGUUCCACAAACCGCUGGUGAAGGAGGGAGGUGACCGCCCCCGGCACGUCCCAUUCCGCUGGAGCUGAGCCCCAGGCCGCCACAGCUACAAGUACUGGAGUAGAUCACAAGGAGGAAAAGAGGGCACUGCCUCAGGGCUCACAGUGUUCUGGAAAUCUGUGCAUUCGUUCUCGAUUUUUAAAGAAGAAAUGGGUCUUUUUAUUAUUAUUAUUAUCAUUUACAGUCAUAUUACUGAACUCAGCGUCCAGUAUAGUGCAGAAUCGCAGAGUGUGUAUCGGUACCCAUUUGCACCUUUGAACUCACACCUUGUCUGCUUGGUACCUUGAUUUCUUACACCUGAUCUGUCUGUCACCUCCACGGUUACGUAGACUGCCAUUCUCACCCACAGCCGUCAGGUUGACGUCUGUGACUCUGUGUUUGAUGUUGUGUUGUCGUUGCUCUGAUUGGUCUUGAACUGGAGCACGUGCUUAUUUUCAGAGACUUAGAGAGUCACCCCUAGGACAAGACUUACCAAAGGCCACACAUGUACGUAGAGGCCGAUGUAGCAAACACUUUACAAUCAGCACUCAAUAGUGGGGUCCCGUAGAGUAAGGGUAGCCCUUAAUGAAAAUAAGCCUGUAGUUGCUCUGUACUUUGACGUGUAUGGACACCUCACAAACCGGGUCUUUCAUUUUCCUUCAUGUUUGAUUUUUGUUUGCUGAGGAUUUGGGUUAGAUCUUUUAGUGUUAUGUAAAUUUAUGCUGCAAUAGCUUUUGCUGCUAUUAAAAUGGUAUUGUUGAUACCAUAAUACUCUAUUCAGGAUAAGGUAUCAAUUACAAACAAAAACAAGAACCCAACAACACACUUUUGUGGUUUAGGGAUAGAGCCAGCUGCCGGAGGAAGAUCAUAUGAGACCAGAGAGAGCCAUCGGAGGCCGCCGUUCCUGACUGCAUGUUUACUUAAUGCGGUUGCUGCAUGCAAUAAAUUUUAUAUCCAAUGUCUAGUAUAAAACCUUCCCACAGUGCACAAAUUAAGAAUCUAUAUAAGCUAUAGAAUACUCAUUUUUUUUUUUAAAAAGGAUUUCUUUUUUCAUUCAAAGACUUGGUAAUCUGUGGGAGGAAGGCAUGCCUCAGUGGGUGGCCCGCCCAUGGACAGCGAGAACCCGUAACAGGACGACCAUUAUUACAGCCAAUAGAUAACCUAGUGUAGGAUGCUCUUCCAGCAACCCUGGGGGGGAUGAAGUACCGCGGUGCUCUGUUACAUAUUGUGCAAUUUAUUUUAUAUAGUAAAGUGAUUAUGUCUAACUGUGAUCAAACGUAACUGAAGCCUCUGCGUCAGCCACGACUGAGCCUGAGCAUCCAUAACUGUGUAUUAGCACGUGAGCUCUGAGUUAGGACCUCAGCUUCAGACCUCGUCUAGACAGCCAAAGAGCUCAUCUUAGCUUACAAACACUAAGAACACACACGGUAUCUAGAAUAAGUCGGCAGACUGACACGGAGGCACAUAGCUAAGGAGGCCACGUAAGGGUGAUGCUAAAGAAAUGUCUGCACCAAGCGAGACAGCCUGGGCAGAGGGGCCUUCUGUGAGACGGUCACUGCUUAGUUCCCUGGAUGUAUCCUGUACAGCUUGACUAGAGUGAAGCCCUGCUCGUGCUAGCAUGGACCUUUUAGUGUUCACUCCUGGGCUGCAGAGAGUAACGGAGACACACAGGUGAUUGCAAGACUCUGUAACGCUUGCUUUUUAAACCCUUCUUCCUUUGUUUUGAAUUCUGGGGACAAUCUGACUGGAUGUGGCACUGCAGAGUAGACAGAAGUCAAUGUGUCUUUUGUGCUGGGAUGUCCUUGUUCUGUCUUGAAGUUAGUGUUGUGUGGUUUUGUUAUAGUUUGUUCCUUUUUCUCUUUUUCUCUCCAGUGUUUAGUUGUGAAUACUGGCUCUCCAGCUACAGUUUGUUUUCAAAAAAAAAAAAAAAAA